AUGGAAAUUUCAAAGGUUCUUAUCGCCACCAUUAUUGUUGCGACAUUAAGGUCACAAACCCUCAGCGCCCCGUUAAGUUCAACACCAAGCACAUUACAAGUCCUUGUCACUUAUGUGAUCCCUGAGAAGACAACCAACGCCACACAAGAGGUAGGAAUGAAUUAAAUCUGCGUUAAUAUUAUUGCAGAUGAAGUCAUUUCUCUCAAGAAAAGGUCCUAACGUAUUCACUUGAAAAAUCUUCCUCAACUGCCCGCGGUGAACUACGAUCAUUCUCCUCCGUUUAUGACGUCACUGGUGGACGAAACUUAAGUAGCCUAAACCAAUUUUCUUUUUCAAAGUAUACCCGAAUGAGAUUUCUUCAGUUAAAAGCCUGAAAAAAAUUCAGAACCUUUAGUUUCAAUUAGAAACUCAGAGCAGUUUCUAGAUUGAAAACAGAUUGCAUGGUUUAGUCAUUUGGUUCUUUAAAUUUUUGACUUUUAAUUUUGUGUUUCUGUCUGAACUAUAACCAGAAAAACGUUUUUAAUUAGUAUAUGUUUCAAAAGGCGUCAGUUUUCUUACGAAAAGUCCAGGAACGAACGGGCUUAGCAAAUACUCUUUUGGUUUAGGAAAUAUGUUGAAGAAAAAUCUGUGUCGUGUUUAUACAAGAUGGUUAUUUGUUUCUGUUAUUUUUGUCAACUUUCACUCCUAGCCACUGGCAGUGAAAAAUAUAGUUUUGUUGUUGUUGCUUUAGGUACCCUUCAACAAUUCUUUGAAAUUGAGAAUUUUUCUCUCUUUAAUUUUUUUUUUCAGAUGAAAAGUCUCUAUCAGUUCAUUGUCUCGACAAGUUAUCUCGAGGAGCCCCCUUUCAGCCAGUUUCCGCCUCAGGUCAACACACAAUCUUGCACAUCCAAUAAGGUAUCUACUCAGUCUUUCAACCGCCCUGCUGUUUAAGAAUUUGACGUACUUUUGCUAAACCUCCAAUAUGUUAGUACCGCGGCACUUUUUACUUCAUUUGAGGAUCAAUAAUUCAAACCACUAAAACCUUUUUUCUCGAUCCCAAAUUUCUCCUUGAAAAUCAUUUGCCCAAGUCAAACACUUAACACUCUAAACAUUCGUCUAAAAUAAAACCUUCAAGGCGUCGUAUUUUCAGCUCUUUUAUCACUGCUUGAUAUGUGUUAUAUAAAACACUCAAUCUCGUUCUGAUGUAUUUCAUGAAUUCGUGAAGUAUUGUAGUAUGAGGUUAUGAAUAGACGAUUCGCACAAUCACGUCAUCUACAUGCUAUCAAAGGAAUUGUGAAAACAUAGCAAAUCUCUUGCUUACUCUUUGGUGUUUAUUUAUUUAUUUAUUUAUUGACGCUUUUGCUGAAAUAGCUGUUUUUGCCACAAAAAAGCGAAUAAUGUUAAACAGUUCUAGACCCUCCGUAAAUAGUAAUGCAUAUUGGGAAACUUAAGCAAAGACGUUUUUGAGGGACGCACGUCAACCGGAAGUGAGCCUUUCUCCCUUUUUAUGUGCCUUGACGCUAACAAAUUUGUAUUGCUAAGUUUCUUUUCUCUUACGAAGAGGAUUUAUCCGAGAGUUUCAAACAAACCACUGCCCAGUGAUGCAAAAGGUCCAUUUCCGGUUGACGUCCGUCGCUCAACAACGCUGUUGCUUAAGCUCCCUAUCGAUACUUUUUUCUCUCUGUAGAAUUCGAAAGACAAUCUAACUAUCGCGUACGAAAAGAUGGAUAUCUUCAGAAGUCCGCUGUACAUGGCCUUAUUUUACGAAGAAACCCAAGGAUCGCUGCACAAUUCGCUGGCUCAGGUGCUCUGGGAUAUAAGCACUUACGUCAAUGCUUCAUCUGUCAUGCUCAGUCGUGAGGUAACAAAAAUAAUCAGAAAUUAACUGUCUUUAAAGUACAAUAAAAAGUGCGAAAAAAUCAUGAAUAGCUUUCCCAACAUAACUGUUUCGUGGAUAGCGAAAGGUUCUGACAAAAGUAAAACAUAAAACUCCCACAAAAAAAAAUUAAUACCUUUAAAUCAUUGUAUAGUCUUAAGCCUCCCUUGCUGCUCUUUACCAAUAACGUCAUCUCCUACCUUUUCUAUAUAUGUCAUACAUGCCAAACAUCCAAGUAUAGACAGUCGAACCUCCACAUGCGACCAACACUCGUCAGCCACCACUUCCGGCAAGCGACCACCUAUUCAAACCACCAAAGUUUUCCUAGUCAAAGCCGUAUAGAAAGAACCACUCGUAAGCGACCGCAUCUUGUGAGCCACCGCAACCACUUUUUGGGCUGACGGUUUAAUAAUUGUUCAUUGAUUUUAACCUCUUGUAAGCGACUGCUUGGCUCAAGGCCUCAUCUCCAUGUUCACUGUGUGCAUUACGCUGCUCAGACUAUGUAAAGAGCCUUUAGUGAGAUCGUGGAACUACAAAUAUCGUAACAUAGAAACUGCAUUCAAUUAAUUCUCUUCCAAAAAGUAGAUGUAUCCGGCGAGAUCUCCUCUUGGAAAGGACCCCCUGUGGUCCGAUUCUCGUUAAAGACCACGAACUCUUCGCAUUUUGGGCAGUCGCUUAAUAGGGGAGGUUUUACUUGACUCGAAAUAGGAUACGGUUCAAGGAAUAUGCAAUGUCAUGGCUAUAUACAUUAAAAACUCUUUUUACAAUGUCAACAUCUUUCCAAACUUUCAGAUGCAGAGCAAUGGCUUUCCUGUAACCACUGCAGUAACUGGAAAUACUUCGGCUCUGAUGAACCAGACCAUUCGCGUAUAUCUGCAAGCACUUGUUAACAAUAACUUAGUGGUAAGCUAUCACUUAUACAAAUUAUUUUUAUCACUAUCUAAGAAUUUGCGAGCAGAAAAUACUUCGAGACGCUCAAUUUAAGAAAAAAGUUAACUCUAUAGCUCAGUGAUUACGAGGUGCGUCGGUUUUACCAAGGGGACUGGCUCACUGCUUUAGGAAUUUUAGUAACUGGUCGCAAUAUUUAAAGUAACCUUUACCUCUCUGAAAAAAAAGAUAACAAAACAAAAACCUUCAUCAGUAAAAUGAAAUUUAAAAAAAAGGGAACGCCUUGAUUAAAACCAAAAAUUGAGGAUAGAAUGAAGAGAAACCUAAAGUGAAAAAUAACGAUGACGAUGACGAUGGUGAUAAUGAUGAGGAUCCAAAUUGAAAAACGUCAAACAAUGUGCGGAAAUAAUUUCCGCAUGGGGUGUUCUGUAAUCGUGGAUUUGUGAAAAAAAUAGUGAAUUUUUUGUUAACUUUCGAUAACCCACUGGUUUUCGUUUAAAAACCUACACAGUUUUCAAUAUUUGUUUUGUUUCCUUUUUUGUUGGGUGGAAAGAGAAAAACUUGAAAAGUCGCUAACCCGAAAUAAAAUCUCUCUCUACAGCAAGGUCCUCUUACAGAUGACAUGGUGACGAUUUACCGCAAUUACGUCGUUCUCUACUCGCUAAGUGACGUCAUUAAAGAGGUCUCCACUUGUGUCUACAACUUAUAAAACCGAAAAAAGGAUUGCAGUGCACCCUGGAAUAUUCUACGAAGACCAAUUCAUUAUUUAUUAUUUAUUGACCAAACGAUAUAGCUCUGUUUAGAAAAAAACUUGUGAUUUUUAAACAAUAAAUUGCUCUAUUUAUGAUGUUCUUGUUAAAGAACAGACACAUUUCUAUUCAUAUUAUUUAUUAGAAGCAUUGAUCAGGCUUCUGUUUGAAAUGAAGAAAAGGUGAACUCUUAAAAGCUCUCGAAUUUUGUCAAAUGGAAAAUAGUCUCGUUUGGUUCUGUUCCCUUUCGUCUCAUUAUCUUUAUAGGAGAUGUGAUGGAAUGAUACGAUCUGCCACCUGCCGUUUUGGCCCUCUAGUUUAAUUAUGAACAAAAUUCUUGGUUGAUUUCCACUGAGACUUGGAGUUGUUAUAAUUACUUUUUCACCUCUUCUCCAUAGUAAAUAAUUACUACUUUCUGUCAACAGGCCUAGUUACUUGAAAGUAGUUAGUGCAACGUAGCCAGCUAGAGUAACUUCCGUGAAUCAUAAAGUCCAUAUUGAGAUCAUUGUUUAUAACUGAUCGCGAUCAGUUUAUACUGUAAUCUGUCACAGAUUUGUAACGUCUAGAAUCAUUGUAAGCGUCAUGUUGUUAAAUUAACAAUAAAAUGCUUCAAAAAAGACAACUUGUGCUUAUUCUUAAUUUGCUAUAUUUUCCUUCUAAGGAAGUUGUGUAAAUGUUAACUUCUUGGAGAUUCAAUGCAACACUCAACAAUUUCGACGACGUUUUCAUGAAGGUCAGGGCACGAUGGUUUUGAAAAGAUUCACUCAAGAAUGUCCCUCAAAUCUCAAUAGUACAAGUCUUUCAUAAAAGAUAUAUCCUAUUUCAGUCCGCAACUUUUUCUAAUACAAACUUUAAAUAUGCUCUCAUUGACAAACAAUUGUAUCAAUAAUUGCACUGGUUUGUAUAGGGAAGGGUAAUCUCGUACCCAGACCUCUUAAUGACGAAGCCGAAGGCGACACCUGGUCAAAUCAGAUUUUGUACACGCGAUUACCUGUACGGAAUGUGCCAGGCCAUGAAAGCCGCCUGUAGACCGAUAGAGGGAGAGGAAAUCCCUACAAAAUAUUUAAAGACUUUCGGUUUUCAAAAUAUUUAGAUUUAGCGACAGAUAUUUAUUUUCAGUCAACUAAAAUCAACGGAUAUCAUCAUCUCAUCUCAUGAAGUCUAGGCGUGUCGCCUGUACACCGAUAGAGGGAGAGGAAAUCCCCACAUAUAGAGACUUUUCGUUUUAAAAUAUUUAGAAUGAGUGAUAUCUUUGUUCACUCAACUACAAAUGAAUAUAACAAAACUUUACGGUUUAAAAAUAUUUAGAAUUAAGCGCUCUUUUCUAUGCUUUACACUGUUUAUUCAUGAAACUAGAUGUGGGCUCAAGAAUUUAAGACAGUUGUUUGAGUGUCACGUAAUCUUUCUAAGGCCUCUUUCAAACGUCGUGCUACUGCCGUGCUAAGCUGGCUCGACUGUAGCUCCACUGCAGCACGACAUUAGCAUUAGCCUCAGACGUCGAAUUUAAUUCACACAAUGACAGUCGAAUGGAACAGCUGUUGCCAAAAACAAAACACAAAAAUAAAGAAACGGUUUAGCAAACUUUUAAAUAUAUUCUAAUGUAUUUUAUAAUUCAUGAAUUGAGUUCGGCACGGCGGUAGCACGACGUUUGAAAACAAGUCGAGCUAUCGCCGUGUAGCACGGCAAGCCAUGCCGUGCUACACGGCAGUAACACGACUUGGUUUCAAACGUCGCGCUACUGCCGUGCUAAAGUCGAAUUUAAUUCGAUCAAUUGAGUUCGGCACGGCAGUAGCACUACAGCCUCCUAUAAUUUCUCAGGACAUUUCGUCGGUGCUUUAGUAAUAUUCAUCGUUAACCAUUUGAUUAUCUUAGAUUGAAGCCGUAGAAUUCUAUCUAGAAAUCGAAUAUGCAUUCGUAAAGUCAACCAUGCUCAGCGCAUUUUACAUACACAAAAGCUUCAUUAUCCGAAAUCAUUGUUUCUGUUGGGUUUUUAAAACCCAAAUUAUUCGAUCAGCAAAUAUGCAUACAGUGUGUAUGCACGUGCAGUUUGAGAAUAUAAAAAGAUCCGUACCUGCCAUAGACUGUAUUGAACCUUUUUCCUUCGAGGUUGCCACAUCAUCGGGGAAUCAUAAUCCCUAGUCAUAAUCAACAACGCUCACUAACGCUGACUAACGCGCACCAACUGCAGAUCCCAGCUACGAUCGCAAGGAAUAUACAACGGAAAUUCGAAUGUAAUGCGAAUAUUGGCCAGGAAAAGUAAGCCAUUCCGACCAAAGCGUUCCGAAUGUAUCUGGCGCGAAGGGAAUUCUUAUAAAAAGUAUAUCAUUCAAUACAUCUUCCCUGGAUAUCAACCUUAUUUAUGAUUGACAGCGGUGACAAAGGAACCGUAUUGUUACUUGAGGUUCGAAUAAAUUAACACUCUAGGUGUGCAAGGGAAUGCGUGAACAAAUUACUAUCAUGGUCAGCGCUUGACCGCAAUAAGCGUUAAUCACUAUCGAAAUAAGGGCCUGUUUACAUGAAGGUGGGGGACCCCAGAUAGAUCCAGAUAGGUGAGGUAACCUGCUUAGGUGGGGUAAAAAAAUAGCCCUCCUUUAUAUGCAAUCUUACAACCCCGCUAUCCCGGGGUACACUUUCUCAAGAUUAUUAAAUGGUCGCUGAGCACGUAAACAAGAAAAAUGCUGGAAAACCACGUUUUUUGUGAUUGAUCACGCUCUUCUACACUCUCUUGCUGCUCUUGCUGCAAACUUCAGUGCUGUAGCAUUCUAUUGUUACCUUUAAUAAUGAUGCAAAGCUACCGCCAAAGUGAAUUUAGCGCGAUUUCAGUAUCACGAAUCCCCGCGAAUCCGGCUAGGCGUGUUACCCCAACUUGAAACGUUUACAGGGCAAAAUUUGACCCCGGCUGAGAGGGUUACCCGGAGUGGCAGACCGGGCUACCUGCCUUGGCGGGUCACCCCACCUAUCGUGUACACGAGAUCAAAUUAAAAUGAGAGAUUAUAUGGACAGGCGGGUUACCCAACCUUAGCGGGUUACCUCACCUGCCUGGGUCCCCACCUCCAUGUAAACAGGCCCUAAGGCUCCUGGUGUGAGCAAUAAAAUCGAGCCUCCAGCUUGGAAUGAAUUUAGAUGUAAGAUAAUCCGCUGCUGAGCCCGUCAUACAUUUAAAUGCCAGAGUGGCACUUCUAAGAUAGAUUAAUUUUUCUUCUGGGAGCCAAUUUAAUUCUUUUAAUAAAGGAGAAAUAUGGUCAUACUUUUUCGCCCCGCUGAUAAUCCGGCAUGUAGAUUGUAACUUACGCAUAUUUUGCCCAUACGUUCGAAUAAUAUAAUAGUUCACUAAAUACUAAUGUAUAAUUAUAUUAAUUAAAACUUUCCUAUGAAAUGCAUGUUUAACACGAUUUAUUUGAGCUAGUCGAGAAAAACAUGAUGAAACGGUCUUAGUAAUGUAAUCAUCGUAAGUUAGGUUGUUGUCCAAUAUUUAACGCCACAAGUUUCCCACUUGGUACUGGUAGCAGUUCCUUAUAAAAUAGCGAAUGAUUUAUGGUACUAAAACAAUUUGUGAAAGAUAACCCUUUAAUCAGAUCCCGAUCAGUUACAAACAGUAGUUGUCUUUCACUAACGUGAGACUGGCUACUUUUUACUAUCUAUGAGGUCAAAACAAUAGGCCCUUUGCAGCUAGUCAUUCACGUGGUACAAAUUAAAACCGCAAUCCUACAGGAGAAUAAGAGACACACUGAGGAAAUUACCAUGUUGAAUCAUGUACGCCUUUUGUUUUUCUUUCCCAUACCAGUGAGUUCGAUCCUUUGCUCUCAAGCAUGGUGGUUUUGUGCCUCUAGAAUGACUGGCUGUUAAGGGACAAUUUUUAAUUAUUGAACUUACUAGAUCUCCGUUUACAAGGCAUAAAGCAGUCGGUUACUAUGAAGCAGAGGUGAAAAGUAAUAGUUACAAUAGGAAAUAUUUAAUCAAAGCCUAAGUGGAAAUAAACCAGGAAUUUUGUUUAUAAUUAAAAUUAAACAAGGUUGAAGACUUCAUCAGACUUGUAAUAAUUAAGACGUCUUGCUUGCUUCUCAAGUUAAAUAAGGCAUGUGUCUCUACUUGUUUAGUGAAAAAUUGAGGGGGUAGUCUAUCUUUCGAAGCUUUUGUGGUAGCAGCGUGAAACUUCGUCUUACAAGCACAUUCUUAUUUUUAGCCAAUUUGGCUAUCACAAAUUAUGCAAAUGAGUCACGUGACCUGUCACCGCUAAAAAAAAACCGUUAAUUAAAAUGGGUACACUCUUUUUGUGUCCUUAUUUUUUUUUUACUAGUUGCAUAGUUUUAAGGCCUUUAGGUAUAUCAUUUUUGCGCUUGGCAAUGUUAAGAUAUUGUAAAGGAAAGGUCCGAUUAAAGAAAUUACUUGUAACAGGGGACUGGGUACUAUUCAAUAAAACUGUUCAUUUUCAUAAGCAGCUACAUAUUCAAAUGUUGCCAAGCAGAGUUUUGUACUUGUUUUUAUAUUGUAAGUUGUCUUGUUGCAAUAAAGUUGAAAAAUGUCCAGUUUAAACUGCCGCUAUUUUUAAUAAAGAUUUUUUGAGAUUUUGCGACCGUAGGAGGUCACGUGACCUAAUUUGCAUAAUGAUGAUGUGAGAAAAAGAAUAACUUUUCAACAAAUCUUGUUUCAGGCAUUUUACAGCUUUAAGAUAAGCUUAAAUACUUACGAAUAUAGACCACCCCCUUAGCUUUCAACCGAUAAAGCAUUCGACCCAUGCCUUUAAAAUUAACUAGAAUUCUAACAGGGUAUCCAUUCCUUUUACAAAUAGAGGACACAAAUGGCGACCUCUUUGAUGACAUCACUUAGCGAAUACAAUACGGCGUAAUUCCGGUAAAUCGUCACCAUGUCAUUCGUAACAGGUCCUGUCUGUAAAGAGAACAGUUUUUAUUUCAGACGACAAUUGAAACAGCUUCAUUUUAUCCUGACAUAAUGCAAUCGGCCCUACCAUUACUUCAAGUUUUGUAAAAAGCAGAAAGAGAAUAUCCAUGGACACUGCUGGAAAAAGCGCCUUAAAGUUAGGAAACCUUACCAACUUUAAAGUUGAUACGUCCAAAGCGAGCAAAGAUAUUGCACCACAAAGUCUAGAAAUUUACAGACGUUUGUAUUUAAGGAUUAUUCGCGGGUGAAGGCGAAGUUAAUGAUGUUGAAUAAUCACCGACAAGAAGUCGAGGGGAUUAUUCAACAAUAUUAACUGAGCCUAACGUUCGCAAACGUUAGAUCUUUACAGUAUCUUCAAACAUGGCAAAUCAUAGUUUUAAUCUUUUUGUAAGCUUUAGCAUCAAUGGUUUUUAAAAAAGAAAACGUCGGAAGUUUAAAUUACUAUUCCUUCUGAGAAGAAACGUAGAGCUUUAUUGGCUUUCGUCAACUCAACGCGAAUGAGAAAGGUUUUUUUUGUCGCUUCUUGCAAAUGCUGUCAAUAGCGGCCACUAUCGUGGUUAGUGUUGUUUAUAUACAGUGUUCUUUGCCUUGUCAACUUGCUGGCACGUACAAUUUUCGAAAUUACUUGACUUCUUUUUUUAUCCAUAAACUAACUUCUAAUUGGUCUUGCGAGGAAAUCCCGAGUUCACAAAACAGUGACAAAGUAAAUUUUAUUUUUCUUUUGUUUCAACACCAUUAGCAUACAUUAACAUAGCCAAAAACAAAAGAAAAAGAAAAAUUACCUGUGAUGAAAAAUUAAAUACAACAUAUAUACUAAUUGUUUAUAUUUCCAGUCGUGUCGACGGAUUUUCCCUGUCAAAAUUUGAAAAAAACGUGGAAGUGUUUAUCAAGCCAAUUAAGCAUACCUUUGCAUGAAUGAUCGGCUAGCCACGCGUUUUUCAACUUUAAAAAGCCAGACCAUUAUAUAUUACAGUUUGUUCUUAUUGGUAAAGAAAAAGCGUUUCAUUCAUAAAAUCACGGCUAUACAACAGAUACAUGUAGAAGUUUCUUCCCAACAUUAUAAAUCAUACUGUAAAACAAUUGAUUUUAUAUUUAAAACCACCACCACCACCAACACCACUGUCAUCAUCAUCAUCAUUUCCAUCUUUGAUGGUGAACUUUGUCCGAAUUCAUUUUUUUAAAAUCCUCUCCACCAUUGUUUCAUUCAAACUGUUCUAAAUUUCCUUGAUUUUAGUUUUACAGUUAAAAGAUUUUCUUGUCUUUUUUUGAGGGAGGGGUGGUGGGGUAUUGAACUGUCGUAAGCCAGAGUUAUUUUCAAAAUGUUAUGAGAGUUAUUUUCAGUAUACUGAGCAGAAUUACCGACAUGGGCUAGUCUCCUUAACGUCCCAAUUCCACACCUUGUAAUCAAUCGAUACUGCUGGGCUAAAAUCUUACUAUGUUUCGAAAUUGAUGAUCUCCAAGUAUUUUUUGCUCAUCAUUUCUCAGGUAAUUAUCAACAAAAUAUCUUCUUGGAUGAAGGGAUAGCUUACCAGCAAGUUGCUGUUAGCAAGUGCUUGGAGAUAUACGCGAAUUGUCUGGUUCAUCUGCGCCGUAGAAUUUCCAUUUGAGACAGUGGGUACAUGAAAGCCAUUUUUUACCAUCUGAAACGUUUGAAGAAAUGUUAACGUCUGCUAUCACCAAAAAAGGAGCAGCGAGGUUUAGGAAAAAGUGUUAAUGAUUUUUUUUCAUAUGGUAGUAGCUAAAUUCGAGAAAAAAAUCUGGUUGUUUUUGUUACCUUACGACUGAGCAUGACGGAUGAAGCAUUGACGUUUGUGUGUAUUUCCGAGAGCACCUGAGCCAGCGGACUGUGCAGCGGUCCUUGGGUUUUUUCAUAAGAUAAGGCCAUGUACAGCGGACGUAUGAAGAUGCUUACUUUCUCGUACGCGAUAGUGAGAUUGUCUUUCAACAACUACAAAAAAAGAAUAGUCUCUAAAUGUUUUCCUUACGGAUGGUGUAGCUGUAAUUUUUAAUUCCAUAUUUUGUGACAAUUAACAACAAAGACAUUAACAAUGAAAAGAUAUGUAACCAAACCUACUUCAAAAAUAAAGAAUAAGGAAAUAAACUUGUUUAUAAUAUGAAAGAGUGAGACUGACAUGGAAAUUCUUCACUUGCCGUUUGUUUUUUUUCUGUUAUCAUUAUCGCAGUUCUUGUGGUAACAUGUAAAUGAAGUGUUGCACGAAUCGUAACAUACGAUACUUAUGUGGUAUAUAAAACACGAGACAAUGUCACAUAUCUAGCACCGAGAAAAGAGUUCAAAAUACGACGCGAAGAAAAUUAUUUUACUGAGUCUUUACUCGAACUGUGAGUUGUUUGACAUUGUGCCAUAAGCCCUCUUGAUUGUUAGACAAAUGAUUUUCCCGGAGAAUUUUCAGAAUACAAAAACAGGGAUUUUUUCCGAACACGUCUCGAUGUCUUUAUCUUUUUAGUUAUUAAUACGUUUACGAUGUGACAUACAAAGACUGCAAUGAGUAACAUAUCAGAAUUUUAGCAAGAGUGUAAUACUGGCCUGAUCAGUCGGUACAUAGCUGUGAUGGUAACCUGCCAUCAGGCGUUUCUUGUUUUUUUGUUUUGUUUUGUUUUUUUGUUUUUUUGUCUGUUUUUUUUUUUUUUCAAAGAAAGGGGAAAAAAAGGACGAAACAAAAAGGAAAGAAGGACCGCCUGAUGGCAGGUUACUGAGAUGGAGGUUCUAACGGUACCUGUUUUGACGUGCAGGAUUGUGCGUUGAUUUGUGGUGGAAAAUUGGCAAAAGGUGGCUCUUGGACGUAGCUUGAAGAGGUGAUGAACUGAUUAAGGUUUCUCAUCUAAAUAAAUAUAGUUGAAAAUUAUUAACUAUUGGUAAUAAUUGUCAACAGAAAACUAAAACAGAGCAAGGGACUUUACCCGUCUUUGUCAUAAUUGUAAACGAGACGAAGGUUUUGUUCAAUUCGCUUUCUCAACCCGGGCCACUAGUUCAUCAUCGUCGGAGACAAAACGAAACAACUGACAAAGGGCCCAACCUUUCGGUUGACAGUUGUUCGAAUUGUCUUUUUUUUUCCUCUCAAAACGUUUUGCUUUUUCUUCCACUUUUACCUUUCAUGAAUUUGCUUUGGCUUUAUUAAGUUUCGUUCUCAAGGGGAAACCUGUACGUAAGAUAUGUUGAAUAAAUUUCUUAUAUUGCUAUCUCUGUUAGAAUUAGCUUAAUGACCUUUAACUGAGAGUAAGGACUUCAUCUAGGAAAACGAACCAAAUAGCUCAUUGAUACCUUUUGUAUGGCGUUGGCAGUCUUCUGCGGAAUCACGUCGGUGACACGCACUUGUAGUGAAGCGCUGUGAGUUUGUGACAUCAAUGUUGCAGCAACGAUGGUGGCCAUAAGAAUCUUUGAAAUUUCCAUUUUUAGUCUGUACGAAGAGAAUAAAAUCCAAAGGUAAAAACGGAGUAAAACAUCUUACCGGAGCACUUAAAAAGGGUUAGACAUUUGUCCGGUGGCAUGUAGAUAGAGGAUAUUACACGGUGGCGAGAAGAUAUGAAUUUUAUGUUCGAGUGGCAAGAACAAUAUCUCACGAGUGAGCGAAGCGAACGAGUGAGAUAUUGUUCUUGCCACGAGAACAUAAAAAUUCAUAUCUUCGAGCCAACGUGUAAUGUUCUUUUUAUUAUAUGGAGAAACCAAUUCAACAAAAGCAAAAGGCGGGAAUCGUGACGUCAUUGAACGAUACGACACUCACAAAGGUGACAUACGGAAAAUACGCCACUCGGGUCCCGGAUGAAGUGGCGUAUGGAAUCUACGAGUGGUUUAGUUCCCAGUAAAACACUCUCCUCCAUAUAAUAAAAAUGGAUACGUACACAAGUAGAGUCUCAGUUAUGAGAUGAUUAGAACACUCGUCACAAGUAACAUAAAAAUCUCAGCUUUAGGAAUUGUCAGUCAAUAUGAAAUUCGAUAUAAGUCUGAGAGCAUUCAGUUUUUCUUGAUUAUGGCUGUAAAUUAACUACCAUAAUAUACUGAGCUUUUGAAUUCAGGUCUAACAACGUCUCCCAGUUUCUUUAAUAGUUUAGUUUUUAGAAGGAUCUUGCUUACCUUUCUGUUUCCUCACUCUGCAAAAAUUCUUUCUACCUCUCAAAUAGGUGUUAGACUGAUUGAGAAAUCUCAACUCUUUUCUGAUAUUUAUACAGUUUUCUGUAUCUGGGAGAACACCUGCUGAAAACAAUAACGUCGUUAUCUACACCGGAUAUUGAGUAUCGACAAAAAUAAUUGACGAAUUGAGCGGUUCCAAAUAGACGCGAUAAAGCUUGAAAGGACGCAAAUUCAUAUUUUUAGUCAUGUUUUCACUGCCGUAGUCGUCGUUGUUGCUUAAGGUCCCUAAUAUUACCAUCCUCAAAUAAACAGAAGUCCUUGAAGAACUUUGUGACUUUCAGUUCUUUUUCUUUAGCUUCGUUAUGCUAUUCAACUAAGUAAGGUUCAUGUUAUGGGGAAUAUUCUCAGCCUGAUAUCGAAUAUGAUAUCCACUGACAUUUGCUAAUAAUAGACUUAAAUCGAACUUGAGUUCCUGUGACAAUUGACACAAUUGGUGCAGAUCUUGCGUUACCAGUGACGAGUAUUAUAAUCUCCCAUUUAGGAACUUUCACUUGGAUCUGAAGCAAAACAAGUAUACCCCUGAUAAUUCGUCUCGAAAAGAGAUGGAUUAUGAAAAUGCAGGAAAAUAGAAACCAGUUCUAUGGGAAAUUUUAGGAAGAAAUCUCAAUUUAGCAAAGAUUCCGGUAUCGGAAGGUCUACGUUGUUUUUAAACACGCCUCCCAUUAAAACUAAAAGUUAAUGAAUUUUUUAAUGUUCAAAGAUAAUGCGGAAUACUUCUGAGAAUAUAACAUGAUUACUGGAGGUACAUCAACCACGGAAAGAUGUGUGACAGGAAUGAUCCAAAACGAUUACCUUUUACAGAAAAAUGAUGCGACGCUGCAUUGAGUUACGUCUUCCACAAAACGAACUUAUUGGUAUGGCACUACUCAUUCCGGAGUCCAUAUCUAUAUCUAGUAUACAGCAUUACUGAAUGCCAUGUGUGAUGGUAGGAAAGAAUAUUUCCCAGAAUAUAAUAUGAUUGGAAGUACUUUUAGACCAAGAAGAAUUUGCCGCAGAAAUAAAUCAAAAAAUUUCCCUUAAAGAAAAUGAUGGAAGACCACUAAAGUCUUCCUCUACAGUUGGCAUAUAAAGCACACCACAACUUCAGUUCUCACAUUCAACCUAACUCUCACAUCAAACAAGUUGAGUCUUCAGACAACUAAGUGAAAGGUAAGGAAAAGUUACAUGUUAAAAGUUAUAUGUAUCGCUGACGAAGAGAAAAUUAUGACGUUCUGGAAAUGUGCGUGAAAUAGAUUUCACCAUCAAAUUUAUAGCUGUCGCAAUUUUAUAAUUGUAUUUCAUUUUCUUUUGACAGAUUGAAAAAUGGAAAUUUCAAAGGUUCUUAUCGCCACCAUUAUUGUUGCGACAUUAAGGUCACAAACCCUCAGCGCCCCGUUAAGUUCAACACCAAGCACAUUACAAGUCCUUGUCACUUAUGUGAUCCCUGAGAAGACAACCAACGCCACACAAGAGGUAGGAAUGAAUUAAAUCUGCGUUAAUAUUAUUGCAGAUGAAGUCAUUUCUCUCAAGAAAAGGUCCUAACGUAUUCACUUGAAAAAUCUUCCUCAACUGCCCGCGGUGAACUACGAUCAUUCUCCUCCGUUUAUGACGUCACUGGUGGACGAAACUUAAGUAGCCUAAACCAAUUUUCUUUUUCAAAGUAUACCCGAAUGAGAUUUCUUCAGUUAAAAGCCUGAAAAAAUUCAGAACCUUUAGUUUCAAUUAGAAACUCAGAGCAGUUUCUAGAUUGAAAACAGAUUGCAUGGUUUAGUCAUUUGGUUCUUUAAAUUUUUGACUUUUAAUUUUGUGUUUCUGUCUGAACUAUAACCAGAAAAACGAUUUUAAUUAGUAUAUGUUUCAAAAGGCGUCAGUUUUCUUACGAAAAGUCCAGGAACGAACGGGCUUAGCAAAUACUCUUUUGGUUUAGGAAAUAUGUUGAAGAAAAAUCUGUGUCGUGUUUAUACAAGAUGGUUAUUUGUUUCUGUUAUUUUUGUCAACUUUCACUCCUACCCACUGGCAGUGAAAAAUAUAGUUUUGUUGUUGUUGCUUUAGGUACCCUUCAACAAUUCUUUGAAAUUGAGAAUUUUUCUCUCUUUAAUUUUUUUUUUCAGAUGAAAAGUCUCUAUCAGUUCAUUGUCUCGACAAGUUAUCUCGAGGAGCCCCCUUUCAGCCAGUUUCCGCCUCAGGUCAACACACAAUCUUGCACAUCCAAUAAGGUAUCUACUCAGUCUUUCAACCGCCCUGCUGUUUAAGAAUUUGACGUACUUUUGCUAAACCUCCAAUAUGUUAGUACCGCGGCACUUUUUACUUCAUUUGAGGAUCAAUAAUUCAAACCACUAAAACCUUUUUUCUCAAUCCCAAAUUUCUCCUUGAAAAUCAUUUGCCCAAGUCAAACACUUAACACUCUAAACAUUCGUCUAAAAUAAACCUUCAAGGCGUCGUAUUUUCAGCUCUUUUAUCACUGCUUGAUAUGUGUUAUAUAAAACACUCAAUCUCGUUCUGAUGUAUUUCAUGAAUUCGUGAAGUAUUGUAGUAUGAGGUUAUGAAUAGACGAUUCGCACAAUCACGUCAUCUACAUGCUAUCAAAGGAAUUGUGAAAACAUAGCAAAUCUCUUGCUUACUCUUUGGUGUUUAUUUAUUUAUUUAUUUAUUUAUUGACGCUUUUGCUGAAAUAGCUGUUUUUGCCACAAAAAAGCGAAUAAUGUUAAACAGUUCUAGACCCUCCGUAAAUAGUAAUGCAUAUUGGGGAACUUAAGCAAAGACGUUUUUGAGGGACGCACGUCAACCGGAAGUGAGCCUUUCUCCCUUUUUAUGUGCCUUGACGCUAACAAAUUUGUAUUGCUAAGUUUCUUUUCUCUUACGAAGAGGAUUUAUCCGAGAGUUUCAAACAAACCACUGCCCAGUGAUGCAAAAGGUCCAUUUCCGGUUGACGUCCGUCGCUCAACAACGCUGUUGCUUAAGCUCCCUAUUGAUACUUUUUUCUCUCUGUAGAAUUCGAAAGACAAUCUAACUAUCGCGUACGAAAAGAUGGAUAUCUUCAGAAGUCCGCUGUACAUGGCCUUAUUUUACGAAGAAACCCAAGGAUCGCUGCACAAUUCGCUGGCUCAGGUGCUCUGGGAUAUAAGCACUUACGUCAAUGCUUCAUCUGUCAUGCUCAUUCGUGAGGUAACAAAAAUAAUCAGAAAUUAACGGUCUUUAAAGUACAAUAAAAAGUGCGAAAAAAUCAUGAAUAGCUUUCCCAACAUAACUGUUUCGUGGAUAGCGAAAGGUUCUGACAAAAGUAAAACAUAAAACUCCCACAAAAAAAAAAUUAAUACCUUUAAAUCAUUGUAUAGUCUUAAGCCUCCCUUGCUGCUCUUUACCAAUAACGUCAUCUCCUACCUUUUCUAUAUAUGUCAUACAUGCCAAACAUCCAAGUAUAGACAGUCGAACCUCCACAUGCGACCAACACUCGUCAGCCACCACUUCCGGCAAGCGACCACCUAUUCAAACCACCAAAGUUUUCCUAGUCAAAGUCGUAUAGAAAGAACCACUCGUAAGCGACCACAUCUUGUGAGCCACCGCAACCACUUUUUGGGCUGACGGUUUAAUAAUUGUUCAUUGAUUUUAACCUCUUGUAAGCGACUGCUUGGCUCAAGGCCUCAUCUCCAUGUUCACUGUGUGCAUUACGCUGCUCAGACUAUGUAAAGAGCCUUUAGUGAGAUCGUGGAACUACAAAUAUCGUAACAUAGAAACUGCAUGCAAUUAAUUCUCUUCCAAAAAGUAGAUGUAUCCGGCGAGAUCUCCUCUUGGAAAGGACCCCCUGUGGUCCGAUUCUCGUAAAAGACCACGAACUCUUCACAUUUUGGGCAGUCGCUUAAUAGGGGAGGUUUUACUUAACUCGAAAUAGGAUACGGUUCAAGGAAUAUGCAAUGUCAUGGCUAUAUACAUUAAAAACUCUUUUUACAAUGUCAACAUUUUUCCAAACUUUCAGAUGCAGAGCAAUGGCUUUCCUGUACCCACUGCAGUAACUGGAAAUACUUCGGCUCCGAUGAACCAGACCAUUCGCGUAUAUCUGCAAGCACUUGUUAACAAUAACUUACUGGUAAGCUAUCACUUAUACAAAUUAUUUUUAUCACUAUCUAAGAAUUUGCGAGCAGAAAAUACUUCGAGACGCUCAAUUUAAGAAAAAAGUUAACUUCUAUAGCUCAGUGAUUACGAGGUGCGUCGGUUUUACCAAGGGGACUGGCUCACUGCUUUAGGAAUUUUAGUAACUGGUCGCAAUAUUUAAAGUAACCGUUACCUCUCUGAAAAAAAAAUAACAAAACAAAAACCUUCAUCAGUAAAAUGAAAUUUAAAAAAAAGGGAACGCCUUGAUUAAAACCAAAAAUUGAGGAUAGAAUGAAGAGAAACCUAAAGUGAAAAAUAACGAUGACGAUGACGAUGACGAUGGUGAUAAUGAUGAGGAUCCAAAUUGAAAAACGUCAAACAAUGUGCGGCAAUAAUUUCCGCAUGGGGUGUUCUGUAAUCGUGGAUUUGUGAAAAAAAUAGUGAAUUUUUUGUUAACUUUCGAUAACCCACUGGUUUUCGUUUAAAAACCUACACAGUUUUCAAUAUUUGUUUUGUUUCCUUUUUUGUUGGGUGGAAAGAGAAAAACUUAAAAAGUCGCUAACCCGAAAUAAAAUCUCUCUCUACAGCAAGGUCCUCUUACAGAUGACAUGGUGACGAUUUACCGCAAUUACGUCGUUCUCUACUCGCUAAGUGACGUCAUUAAAGAGGUCUCCACUUGUGCCUACAACUUAUAA